UCACUAUCGAUCAUUGGGGAAAGACGGGGCUAGAUUUCCUUGUGGCGGAGAAAUCUGAUGUGUAGGCAACAUGAAUCGGGCGAUCGCGGGGCGCAGAUUAAUUUUAGCACGUUUACAGAAUUUCUUCCAGACUGAUUAUCUUCGCCGAUUAGAUAAACGAAUACAAAUAAAAUAGUUUUUUCCACCUCCCGUGCUCCAGGAAGAAGUGUUUUGGAUCGGACUUGCCAAAAUCGCUACUUUGUUUCUCUUAUGGACGGUGUGUGUGUGUGUGUAUUACCUAAAAAAGUAGCCGCGUCUUAACAGAGUUACGCAUCGCUACGUUACGUGAAGUUGGGAGAAGCGAGGCCCGAUCUCUUGACCCGUGGAGUACUCUUGAGUCUCUCUGGAUGGAUGGAUGGGUAUGGGGAGAGCAGGAUCUUACUACCCCGGGGCUGAGCGCCUCAUCUCUCCGGUACUACAUCUACUAGUGCUGUGCACCCUCUCCUCUCUCAUUCACAUAGGUGAGAGCCAGGUUCCAACUCCACAGUGCCGCAUCCAAAAGUGCACCACCGACUUUGUCUCUCUCACUUCCCAUCUUAACCCUUCACUGGAUGGCUUUGAUACUGAGUUCUGCAAGGCGCUGCGGGCCUACUCUGCCUGCACCCAGCGGACAUCCAAGAGCUGCAGAGGCAACCUGGUCUUCCACUCUGCCAUGCUGGGCAUCAGUGACCUCAUGAGCCAGAGAAACUGCUCCAAGGAUGGGCCCACAUCGUCUACCCAUCCCGUCAUCACCGUUGAGCCAUGCAACUACCACAGCCGGCAUCACCAAGUAUUGCGGCCUGGGACAGGGACAGGGGCUCCAGAACACCCACGACCGACCUAUCUGUUCUGUGGCCUGUUUGGGGACCCUCAUCUUAGGACUUUCAAAGACCAUUUUCAGACAUGUAAGGUUGAAGGGGCAUGGCCCCUCAUUGACAACAAUUACCUGUCAGUGCAGGUCACAAAUGUUCCAGUGGUAUAUGGAUCCAGUGCCACAGCAACCAAUAAGAUUACGAUAAUCUUCAAACCAUACCAAGAAUGCACGGACCAGAAGGUCUACCAGGCCGUAACAGACGACCUUCCAGCCGCCUUUGUGGACGGCACCAUCAGCGGUGGCGAUAGCGAAACCCGCAGCAUCUGGAUCCUGGAGAAGUCGCCCGGUCGGCACGUAGAAAUCCACGCCGCGUACAUCGGUGUCACCAUCAUCGUACGCCAGCAGGGCCGUUACCUGACGCUAGCCGUGCGGAUGCCAGAGGAGCUUGCCAUGGCCUUCGACGAAACGCAGGACCUGCAGCUUUGCAUGAACGGUUGCCCCACAUCAGAACGCAUCGACCAAGAGGGACAUCUUCAGCUGCCCAUGCUGGGCCUCCAGCAGGCCGGCUUUCAGCCGCAGGCGAGGGUCGAGGCCCAGAGAGGCGUCUUCACCCUCGAAAGCGCCUCCAGGAAGUGCAAGGAGCAACUGGAGGUUAAGGACAUCUAUUUCCACUCCUGCGUGUUUGACCUGCUCACCACAGGAGAUGCGAACUUCACCACUGCCGCCUACAACGCCCUGAAGGACAUGGAGACUCUGCACCCCAAGAAGGAGCGCUGGCAUAUUUUUCCUAACUCGACCGCUGGGCUGAGGCCGUUUUCAUUACUCCUCAAUGCACUGCUAACCGGCUUCCUCAUCACUGUGCUUUUAUAAUGCGUACAGUGUUUUAAUAACUGUUUCGAAGACGAAAAACGAUGGAAAACGAGACUGUAAAAAGUCAGUACUCUGGGUAAAGGGUACUUUGUAUAUACUGUCUGUGUGGAGAAUGAAUGUUAGAAUACGAACCUUCAUUAGACUGUACAUUUUGUGUAAAUGAUGUUUUCAACAGAGCUGAAUAUUGUAGAUUUUUGUGAGUGAAUUUUUUGAAAUUUCAUGUUUUUGUCCUCAGGAGAGGAAAUCUUAAUGGAAGCACUUUAUUUUUAUUUUAUUUUUUGGUUUUUGCAACUAGAAAACAGUGUUCCACGGAACAAGUGCUCAAUAAUCUUUCUUGGUACACUCAGCGCUUUUUUUUUUUUCUUUUUAUACAUUUCUGUAGGUCUCUAUACAAAUGGUACUUACUUCACCAUUUUUCUCUGUAGAACCGUGUUAAACAAGUUUCACAAUGUGGUUGGCAUAGUAAUUGUCAUAGUCGUUUAAAGAAGGAUCAUGUUGACUAGACAUUCACCUUAUCUGUAUUUUUAGUUCUAGUACUCAGCACUGUUGAGUAACGUUGAUCAGCAAAAAACGAAGUGAAGAAUUCAGGCGAACGCAGCAGACGUAGGUUGAAGUGCACUUAAUUCAGAAAUUCAAAUGGGAAUUUGUCUGCCGUUGACCUUUGGAAUGGAUGUAUUGGAAGUUCGGUCCAUUUUUAUAAAUGACAAUCAGAAUUUCUUUAGUUUGGUACAAAAUCUACCUAAUGUACGAACACUAAACAUCAAUCCUGAAGAGUGCAUUUUAGAGACACCAAAAUAUUUAUGCUAAAAGUUUCAUCCUCUUCCAGACUAAUUUCAGAGUGAGUGGCUCUCAUUGAGUGAACUGGAAAAUGGAUGUUGCAUAAGUGCUAAAGUGGGCCAUGUCUCAUUCCUGGUCACUCAAACGGACUUGCAGCAUCUUCCAGAAUGGCUCCUCACAAGAUUACAUUUAUUAGCUUUGUCCCUUUGCCAAACAAAUAUUGACUAUCUGUUCAAAGUGUUAAGUUCCCUCUUGUCCUUGUUUUAUCCUUGACCAAAGAUAUGACGCAGAACCAACACAUUUUGCUAGACAUGAGACUGUGGGCUUCCCUAUAAAUUUUGUUUUUUUCCAAAAAGAUUGGUAUUGUCAUAUGUUUAGCAAGCUAGUGCCAUAAAUCAACUCACCUGACUUGGCUUUAAAAAGCAGAAAUAUGUUCAAUUGAAUUGUUAUUUGGCCCCACGAGCAUUUUAACAGUUAUUUUGUCUGCCAAAAGUGCAACUUGAGCCGUGGUUCUUUUGCUGAAUGCACCUCAGCAGUGAUUUCAUUGAGAGCUUCAAAGCAAAUGAAGGAUAUGCAGAAACACUUAUGUCUCUAUUUGCUAUAAAUGUGGCAUUUGGCCUGAUGGACACAUAAUUCAUUUGAUGAAAUUGAAUUGUACACCUUCUGGGUCUUACAGUCCACCUGCUACAGAAGCCAUGCCAACACUCCUGAUAUGCACGUUUCCAUACCAAGACUUGCUACUGUAGAGACGUCAUUGUUUAACUACUGCCAGUGCUGAAGAGCUGCUACAAUACUGUGACAAGUG